GCGGGGUCGCGGCGCCGGCUAGCAGCGGGCCCCCUCCCGGUCCCGGGGCCCGGCGGCGCGGCGGCGGCUAGGUUGUGAGGAGGCGGGGAAGCGAGUGUCCGGCCCCCGCCAUGGAGGGCAUGGACGUGGACCUGGACCCCGAGCUGAUGCAGAAGUUCAGCUGCCUGGGCACCACAGACAAGGACGUGCUGAUCUCCGAGUUCCAGCGGCUGCUGGGCUUCCAGCUCAACCCGGCCGGCUGCGCCUUCUUCCUGGACAUGACCAACUGGAACCUACAAGCAGCAAUUGGCGCUUACUAUGACUUUGAGAGCCCAAACAUCAGCGUGCCCUCUAUGUCCUUCGUUGAAGACGUCACCAUCGGAGAAGGAGAGUCGAUCCCUCCUGAUACGCAGUUUGUGAAAACAUGGCGGAUCCAGAAUUCUGGGGCAGAGGCGUGGCCUCCAGGGGUUUGUCUUAAAUAUGUCGGGGGAGACCAGUUUGGACAUGUGAAUAUGGUGAUGGUGAGAUCGCUGGAGCCCCAAGAGAUUGCAGAUGUCAGCGUCCAGAUGUGCAGCCCCAGCAGAGCAGGAAUGUAUCAGGGACAGUGGCGGAUGUGCACUGCUACGGGACUCUACUACGGAGAUGUCAUCUGGGUGAUUCUCAGUGUGGAGGUGGGUGGACUUUUGGGAGUAACGCAGCAGCUGUCAUCUUUUGAAACGGAGUUCAACACACAGCCACAUCGCAAGGUAGAAGGAAACUUCAACCCGUUUGCCUCUCCCCAAAAGAACCGACAAUCAGAUGAAAACAACCUAAAAGACCCUGGGGGUUCCGGGUUCGACUCGAUCAGCAAAAACACAUGGGCUCCUGCUCCCGACCAAACUGAGCAAGAUCAGAAUAGACUCUCACAGAACUCUGUAAAUCUUUCCCCCAGCAGUCACGCAAACAACCUAUCAGUAGUGACUUACAGUAAGGGGCUCCACGGGCCAUACCCCUUCGGCCAGUCUUAAAUGGGUGUCUCAGCAAGAAGAAAAAUUAACAAAAGACAGAAGGUCUGACUCUGGGGGGGAGGGCAAGGGGUUCCUCUGGAUUGCAGACCUCACCGCAUGGACCCCUGGCUCUGGCCCCUCACCGGGAAGAAGAGGAAGCGGCGGCAGAACAGACUAGUUUUGAGUAAACUCAGUAUGCGUGUGUGAGUGCUGAACCCGAGGCUGCCCCCGAAGACCACCAUGCAGCCACCUGGCUUUUGUUGUUAUUAGGCGUCCGUCUCACGAGUCAGUCGGUCACUGGGGAAGGGAGAGAACGCUAACAAGAGGGGGAAAAGCCAUCUUUUUAAACAAAAAUUAUUUUGCCUACAGAGAGGUUGUAGUUUUGAGCACAUGCCCCCCCCCCUCCCACUUGUUUUGUUUUACACAAGGGAAUUAUGCACUCUUCCUAGACUAGCUGCUCGGGAAGCGGGUCAGGUUCACGGCUAGCAUGGCAUGUCUGGGGACUCUGCAGGGCAGUGCAGCCAGCCACGUCACUGCCCUGACCCCAUUUGUUUUUAAUGGCAUCAGCCUCUUCCUCCUCCUCUUCCCUUUAAUCUUCUGUUGAUUUACACCCUUGACAUUUGUAUUCGUCAGCCCUGUGGCUUGUUAGCCCUCAGGUCCUCUGAAGACCAAGCUCCCCUGGGUGACCCGCAGAGGAAGCCUUGAGGACUGAUCUCGGGUGACCCUUCCAUACCCCCGUGUCACGAUUUGAAUUGCUUUUUCCCUGUGUGUCUCUUGGCUGAGAGACAUGCCAUCAUCAUGCUUACUUACUGUGCUUUCAGGCGGGUUCUUCCUGUCCGCCCCCUCCUGCUCGAGGAGGGGGCAUGGUCUGUUGUGCUCACCGGGAACAAGCAGCGGGCAGGUGUGCAGGGGUCACCUACUUCUCCGAGGUCUCCCCGCUCGCUCCCCUGCACUUCCCUCCACCUGUCCUUUGUGGUAGCCUCACAGCCCGUCAGUGGAGGCUGAGCCCCAACGGGGAGUUGGCCGUGAGGAAGGACCAGGGUUCUUGGCCUGGCUCCAUCCUGGAGACCACGUUGGCAUGGACCUGAGAGGGUUCCGCCCUGCGACGAGGGUGGUUGGUGGUGGGGAAGUGGGCGAGGGGCAGCCUGGCCAGAGCAGAGGCAGGUGGCCCCGGGCCUCCUUUGGGUUCCAGCAGGUGGGAAGCUGGAACCAGGUUAGCACAGCUGUCUGCCAAAGAUAUAAGAAUAUGCAAAGUCCUUCUUCGCACCCUCUCCUUCCCAAGAGUCUCAGCUUGUUUGAUAGCCGGGGUAGGAGGGAGCCAGGAGUGUGGAUUGGGGGUGUGGUUGCAGGGUCACCUGCCUGUUGCUGCACCCCACCCGCCCUGGGGGGAUGACACAAGCCAGGGAGACCAGGUGAUGAGCGGCUGCAAGGGGUCAUAUAUAGCCUGGGUGUGGGUGAGGGUCUGCCUGCUUGUCUGUCUCUGGGUGUCUGAGUUCCAAAAAACGUGUGUUGUUCCUCCUCAUCCUCUUCUGAGACUGUUGUUUUUUAAAGUUUGAUUGUGGGAGACAAGUUUGUAUGAGAUUUCCCUUUGGCCACUCUAUUCCCCCCCAAAAUACUGGGAAGGAACACAUUUGGGUCUUCUUGGGGAGGGGGCCCUCCCAGUGCCCCGCCACAAGGCUCAGGAUGGCGUUCUGUCUGAGGGCCUUCUGCGGCUGUCGCUGCUGGGCCAGCCUCCUGGAGCACCACCGCCUGCAGCCCGCACAUGCCCAGCCCUCCCUGCACUGCAAGCGCCUCUUCUGCCGCCCUUGGCGGGAUCAUGGGAGGGUUCCCCACACCCCGCUUUCCUGCCUGCCUCUGCUGCCCCACACCAGGUGCCCUUCCUGGUUUGAGGGUCAGGCUGUCUGCCCUGACUCCGUGGGUCUGGCCCUGCCACUAUCCUCCUGCUCCUCCUCCCAGCCGUUCAAUGGCCCAGGCACCUUGGCUUCCCUCCUAAGAGCAGGCCAUUUUCACUGAGUCCUGGAAAGGGACAGUGAGGGCCGUGCAGAGGCCAGAGCAGAGCACACCAUGGAGGGAGGGAGGCAGCAGACGCAGGGCCUUCCCAGGAUGCAGGGGCUGUCAACACCCAGGCAUUCUGCUUCUCUGUGCUGACAUCAGUUCUCUGCAGUGCCUAGAGCCCUGUCCCCUCCCAGGGGGCUGAGAACCCCCCACCCCCUUAGCCCCAUGAGCUCCUCUAGGAAUCUUCACCAAAUGGAAGACCACCCACUUAGGGGCAGGGCCACCAAACAGGCAGUAACUAUCCUUGGGGGCCCGAGCCCAGGGGAAGAAGCAGGGGCUCAGGCUUGGAAGCCCCUGUCUGCGUGCAUGGUGUGUGUGUGUGUAUGGGGGGGUGGUGAGCGUGUGCAUGCCUUUUUUCUUUUUGCCAUGGGGACAGUUAAUUUGGGCCAUUUUUCUACAAGAAAACAGUCACCUGUCUCUCCCUGAGUAAGGACUGGCCACAACCGUGAGCCCAGCAAAAGCACUUCCAGCCUGGUGAGGAGCUCACAAGAUUUCGGGCACAGCCUGAGGGUGGCCUAGAUAGCAGGUGGGCAGACCAGUCAACACUUGCCCAAAUUCAUCUGUGCCCCAGCAGGAGGGGGCAGUGGGGCUGCCAGGACUUGGGAUACCAGCUGACACACACCCCCCACUCACCCCCACCCCACCCACCAUCCUUCCUUUGUUCCCUUGGGUGAAUGCAAGGGCAGCCACAGCUGGCCCUCCAGCUAGACGGCAGGGUGGGUGUUUGUAGUGCCUGGGAGGGAGGACGAUGAGGAGGUUUUCCUUACUGUAUAAAUGAAUAUUUGUAUGAUUAAAUUAACACACACAAACCCG